AUGGUAGCAACAGAAAAUUUUCUGGCAGGAAUUACCCAUUACUGGCUCCUGAGGGAGGUGGUGGAUUCUCCCGGCCUCAUCUUUCAAGAUGACCAGCUGAACUCAGAAGAGAAGAAGAAGAGAAAGCAGAGGAGAAACCGGACAACCUUUAACAGCAGCCAGCUGCAGGCCUUAGAGAGAGUGUUCGAGAGGACACACUACCCAGAUGCCUUUGUCCGGGAAGACCUCGCACGCAGAGUGAACCUCACCGAAGCCAGGGUUCAGGUGUGGUUUCAGAACCGAAGAGCCAAGUUUCGCCGAAACGAGAGGGCCAUGCUGGCUAACAAAAACGCCUCCCUCCUUAAAUCCUACUCGGGGGAAGUGACCGCCGUGGAACAACCCAUCGUCCCGCGUCCUGCUCCGAGACCCACUGACUAUCUCUCCUGGGGAACGGCUUCUCCGUACAGUGCUAUGGCUACCUACUCUGCCACGUGUGCCAACACCAGCCCAGCCCAGGGCAUGAACAUGGCCAACAGCAUUGCCAACCUGAGACUGAAGGCAAAGGAAUAUAGUUUACAGAGGAAUCAGGUCCCAACAGUCAACUGAGGCCCCAGAAGAAAUCCCCUUCGCCCCCCAAACCAAACAAAGACACCCAUCCUGCUCUCAUUUCUUCAUCUGCUGGGAAAAAAAAACACACGCAGAACUAAAUUUGGGGACAAAAGCAGAGAAAAGGAGGAGAGGAGCAAGCUGAAAAAUUGGCUAAAAUACAUUCCUCCUCAUUUUGGAGUACCAUCAUCCUGGUUUCCAUAUUUCAUUCCCCGGCUCAUUCAUGCUUUGCUCCGUAUACUUCAGCUUCUUCAGUUAAGUCCACCCCAGCCCGUUGUUUUACGAUUAUUAUUAAGAGUUCACAGCUGCAGAAGAAGAUUUAUAUGCUGAAAAAGUGCCUAAAGCCACACCAGCCACGAUUCUAUCUUGACCCCUGUGGCCUUUCCUGCACCUUCCCCCCAACCCCCUCCCCUCCCAUCUCACCCUGUAGAAGUUUGUCAAAGGCCUCUGGAGAAGGAAAGCCUCAUGAAGAACCCAGACUAGACUUUCUCCGAGGCUUGCGAGCGGGCUUCUCCGCCGCCAUCCCCCCGACCCUCCCCCGGAGAAGGCCUCUAUGCACAACGCUCGACGCGACGUUUGAACGUGCCUUGAUCUCUUCCUAACCUGGCUGCCUGCAAACUCCAAGCCUUAGUCGAAAGCCAGCUAUUCUGGAUUUAGACGCAUGUGUUGCUUUUGAUUGAUUUGGUGGCACUGCCAUUUUGAACAGCCAAAGAAAGUAGAAAUGCUUUUCAUUCCAGAAAGGAAGGGAAAAACACUCUGCAGAAAAAGGACUGGGAUCCGUGAUGGCGAAUUCUACUGUUUCCGUUUGGUGCCACGGGUAUUAAAGGGCUGUCAGAUGCACAUUUAUAUAUACUGUAUAUAGUUAUAUAUAUUAUAUAUAUAUAUAUAAAAUAUUCCUGCAAGCUUGGUUUUGUGGUUUCUCAAUAAAAAUGUCAGGUUGUCACUGUCA